GUUACAAAUGUGUAAAAUGUCAUUCACAUGUACAAAAUGACAGACACAGAUGUGUGUCCUUUGCACUUUACUUCAGUUUCGCUAUACAACCUCAAGUCGGCGCUUACAACCUCUCAGAUCUGGCAGUACAAAUUCAAUUCCUGGCGCUUUGACUUUUGCUACUCUUUUUGCGAUACUCCUGUUGCAAAACUGACUUGUGCACUUGUAAACGCAGACGCGAGAGAACAGGUGGUUGGGGGUGGGUGGGUGAUUGAAUCCGUUUUAUUGGUCGAUGCCUGACCAAUGAACAACGCCAGCCAGUGCGACUUGGCAUGCGGAAAAAAAACAUUUAUGCAUGUGUAUGCUUCAUUGUUAAAACACUUGGACAAUAUUUUCAUUAAAUAUCUUAACGGGAUUUUAUAUUGCAUUUUAUAUAUAUAUAGCAAAUUCGUUUAUUGGUUGGAGUCAGCCAAUGAAAUGGGACGUUUUUAUGUAUGCGAUGACGUCACCUCAUAGAGCAGAUCGCGACGUUUGGCGGUCAAUGUAGCAGUCUGUCAUCACGAUGGAGGCAUCAAGCAAUCCCAGGGAGCAAAAUUCAGAAAUAGAAAGUGCUGUAAGGAAUCUGCUUAGCUGCAUCCGAAGGCAUAGCAGCCCUCAAGCACAUGGAAAUCCCAACAGUUCUCCCACCGUGGCACCUCAGCCUGGUACUAGUGCUUCCUUUGGGGUUGGCCAGGCUGUUAGUAGGCCAAACACAGUUCAGCAAGAAAUGCAAAGAGCUUUUCCAGCACUUUACCAUGGAAGCCGUAAACGAAUGAAAAAAAUGGCACCUGAACCUGCAAAACUUGCAUCUAUAAAGUUCUUAGAAUUCCAGUUCUGCUUGCUGUCCAAAAACUCCCAAAAGACUCCCAAAGAUGAAACAGUUCUCUUACAAGCAGGUCUAGGCAGAAGAACUGUAAAUAUUCCAGACAAUGCUGAUCAUACUGAGAUAACCAAAGUACUUAUUCAGGAGUACCCAAAGUUGCAAAACUUAAGGGGUGGUUGGCUGCUCCAAAAAGCCUCAGGGGGCAGUGGACAAAGGAAAACAACAUCUCUGGCCCAGGAUUCCCAGGGCUACACAGCAAAAAUACUGAAGGCGUCCUCUAACAAUGGGAAGAAUGUCAUCUACAUCGUCCCCCUCCAAGAAGAAAUCGAUAUAACCCCGUUGCCAUAUAAUGCACCUGAAUUUCAUAACAUGCCCAAAAACAUCUGCAUGACAUGUGGUAUAUCAGUCCCAUUACAGUUGCUGCCAUGUCACCUUGAGGAUUGUCAAAGUAAUAAUGCGAUAGAAUCUGAAUCUGACAAGGAAAAAGAAAAUGAAGAGGCCCAUGGACUGAGCCAUGAGUCAGAUGUAAUUUGUCUAGAUGCCUGUCCGAUAUGUGGAGAAGAAUUUUCUGCAGAAGUGAUGCCUUACCAUGCCAGUACAUGUGGAGAAAGUUUCCCUGAGAUUUUCCCCUCGAUUAUGGAUGGAAAUUCUGUUGAUGAAACUGCCUCAUUACCAUCCCAAACCAGUACCAGACUACAAAGCACUAUUUUCCAACUUGAUCCUGAUCAUUUAACACCUGGGCCAUCAGUUUCAGCUGAAAGUGCACCUUCAAUGUGUGAUGAUUGGAAGAGGAUUGAGCUUCCAGAAAGGGCAGCUAUACAGUACAGGCAGUGUACACUUCGACAAAAAGAAGACGAGCCCCCACUGAAAGUAAGAAUUGAUAUUAGAGAAGACAUGGAGGACCAGGAGGGGAGAAUAAUAAAUUUUUACAAGGUCCCCAAAAUUGAUUGGACUAGACCUCUUCAAUGCCGAUUGGAAGGGGAUGUUGCCACUGGGGAUGGUGUUCAGCGUCAUUUUCAGCAUGGUGAUGCACAAGCUGCAGAAUGGAUUCCUCUUUAAUGUUGGAAAUGGAAACGGAACUGCAUUAUUUGAAGGGCAAGCUGACCACCUUAUUCCAUCUACUUCCCAAGUCCUUUUGCAGAGUGACUUGUUUGUGAUGGCAGGCAGGAUUAUUGGUCAUUCUUUCCUCCAUGGUGGGCCUUCAU